ACCUGACUACUAUAACCCUUCAACGGCCUUCAGUAACACGAGGUUUGCGUCAGAAAGUAUAUUCUGAACUAUAUUAAAAAUGCUCUCGACUUGUCGUCAACGUCUUUGUUCUAACCAAUAUGCACUUGCUGCUACUCGUCAAAUAUUUUCAGGACAGUUGACAAAUGCCAAUCAACAGCCCCUUCUAAUUGCUAGUUUAUCUAACAGCAAUGUUCAGAAAAGACUUCGGUCGGACAAAGUCAAGGGACAUGUUAUUGGUAUCGAUUUGGGAACUACGAAUUCAUGUGUGUCCAUUAUGGAAGGAAAAAUUCCCAAAGUCAUUGAGAACUCAGAAGGUUCUAGAACCACGCCAUCUGUCGUCGCAUUUACUGGCGAAGGUGAACGCUUGGUGGGCAUGCCCGCUAGAAGACAAGCCGUAACCAAUUCCCAAAACACUGUUUAUGCAACUAAAAGAUUGAUUGGUAGACGUUUUAAAGACCCAGAAGUUCAAAAGGAUUUGAAAAAUUUGUCAUACAAAAUUACACAAUCCACAAACGGUGAUGCAUGGGUUGAAGCUCAAGGCAAAGUAUAUUCACCAAGUCAAAUUGGUGCGUUUGUUUUGAUGAAGAUGAAGGAAACAGCCGAUUCUUAUCUGGGACAACCUGUUAAAAAUGCUGUAAUUACCGUACCCGCCUACUUCAACGACUCUCAAAGACAGGCAACCAAGGACGCUGGACAGAUUGCUGGAUUGAACGUCCUUCGAGUUAUCAAUGAACCAACUGCAGCAGCUUUGGCAUACGGCUUAGACAAAGCCGACGAUAAGAUUAUUGCCGUUUACGAUUUGGGUGGAGGUACUUUUGAUAUUUCUGUUCUAGAAAUUCAAAAAGGUGUAUUUGAAGUCAAGUCUACCAAUGGUGACACAAUUUUGGGUGGUGAAGACUUUGACCAUAUUCUCCUGCAAUACUUGGUUACCGAGUUUAAACGAGAUCAAGGAAUCGACAUUACUAAAGACAAAAUGGCUGUACAACGUUUAAAGGAAGCAGCAGAGAAAGCGAAAAUAGAAUUAUCUUCUUCGAUGCAAACCGAUAUCAAUUUACCAUAUUUGACAAUGGACGCUGCUGGCCCCAAACAUAUGAACUUGAAAUUGACAAGAGCUAAACUAGAGAGCUUGGUUGAGGACUUGAUUAAGAGAACAGUAGGUCCAUGCAAUAAGGCCAUGCAAGAUGCCGAAGUAAAGAAAUCAGAUAUCGGCGAAGUUCUAUUAGUCGGAGGAAUGUCAAGAAUGCCAAAAGUUCAACAAACCGUACAAGAAGUAUUCGGUCGAACACCAUCGAAAUCAGUCAACCCUGAUGAAGCAGUUGCAAUGGGAGCUGCUAUUCAAGGAGGUGUUCUAGCCGGAGACGUCACAGAUGUUCUACUUCUGGAUGUUACCCCAUUAUCUUUAGGUAUUGAAACACUCGGCGGAGUCAUGACUAAACUUAUCACAAGGAACACCACCAUUCCAACCAAGAAAAGUCAAGUAUUUUCCACUGCCGCUGAUGGUCAGACACAAGUGGAAAUUAAAGUUUUCCAAGGUGAAAGAGAAAUGGCUAAUGACAACAAGCUGUUGGGUCAAUUUCAACUCGUUGGAAUUCCACCAGCACCACGAGGUGUUCCACAAGUUGAAGUCACUUUCGACAUUGACGCUAAUGGCAUAGUUAAUGUCUCUGCCAGGGACAAGGGAACCGGAAAAGAACAACAAAUUGUUAUCCAAUCUUCAGGUGGUCUUAGUAAAGAUGAAAUUGAAAACAUGGUUAGAACAGCAGAAGAAUUCGCAGAGGAAGAUAGAAUCAAGAAAGAUAGAGUUGAAGUUGUAAAUCAGGCCGAAGGAAUCAUCCAUGAUACUGAAUCAAAGAUGGAGGAAUACAAAGAUCAAUUGCCUCAGGAAGAAAUGGAUAAAAUGAAGGAAAAUAUCACAACUUUGAAAAAAGUUUUAGAAAAUAAAGAAAAUGAAUCACCUGAAAACAUUAAAAAUGCAACUAAUGAACUACAACAAAGUUCUUUGAAAUUGUUCGAAAUGGCAUACAGAAAGAUGGCAUCGGACAGAGAAGGAUCCAGUUCAUCUGACAAUAGCAGCAGUUCCGGUUCUGCUGAUCAAGAUAAGAAAGAAGACAAAAAUUAA